AUGGAAGCUUCAGGCAAAAAGGGCAAUAUUUUUGCUCUUCUCGACGACGACGUAGAAGACACCCCAAAACCUAAAUCUGAGGCUAAAAAGGGAUCAUCAAGCACUGAAAAGCAAGCUGGCCAAUCUUCAAAAUCGGAAGGCAAAGCCAAAGAGUCUCAGCAAGUCAAAAAGACUCCAGCCCAGCCUAGAUCACAGCAACCUAUGGCUCCAAUUCCUUCUUCCAAGGAAACUAAAAACCAAGACAAAAAGAGGCGAGAAGCACCAGGAGAUGAUAGAAAACAAAGAACAGCUUACAGAGGCAAAGAUCUGAAACGCGACGGAGCAGGCGGACAUAACUGGGGCAAAGCCACUGACUUGCCAGGAGAAGAGCCUAAAGAAGAAGUCGAUACCAAGGCUGAAGAUGAGGCCAAAGAAGAAGCCAGCCCUGAAGAAGGUGCAGAGAAGGUUGAAGAACAGCCUAAAGAACAAUUUUUGACUCUAGACGAAUACUUCGGAACUGCUAAAGAAGAAGAAAAGACCGAAGAAGAACCAAAGGAUGAACUUUUACGCUUUAGAAUUAACAAAGGAAACAGGCGUAAACCACAGCAAGGUGGAUACAAGAAAGGGGAAAAAGGUGAAGGAGAAAAAGAAGGAAAACCUGAGAAAAAGGAAUAUAGAGGACCAAGAAAAAAUGUCCAGCAAGCUCCUAAUUUCGCAGAUGCAAACGCUUUUCCUGCUUUGGCUUAA